AUGUAUGAUCAUUACAUUUUGCUUCUUUGCUUCUCUGCCUUUUUUUCAAUAUUUAUUGGUUCAGGAUUAAUUAAAAAGAAAGGUUUGAAAGGAUCAUUUUCUGAGGCAGGAUCUUCUGCUAAGACAUUUGCGGUUCUGUCUGGGGUUCACAGUUUAGUUGUAUGCUUUAUGAAAAGGUUGCAGGGGAAAGACGAUGUCAUCAACGCAAGAGUUGCGGGAUGUUGCACAGGUCUUGCUUUAAGCUAUCCAGGUGAACACCGCUGCUUCAUGCUUGAAAACCUUUCAAAAUUGGUUUACGAUAUGUAG